AUGAAAAUUUUUCUCUUGCGUUCUUUGAAUUACAUAGCAUGGUCUUAUGCAUAUAUAGGUUUACUUUAUGCACUUUAUUUUAUCUACUUUAUUGUUGUACCGAAUUAUCGUGAACAAAAUCAAUUAUCGAAUACUGUAUAUUUAAUUUUUAAUAUUGUAUUUCUAUAUUUUUUCUCGCAAGGUUAUUUAAAUAUGAUUCUUACAACAUUUGGUUCUAUGUCGAAUUCUAAUGAAAAGAAAACCGAUCGAUACUGCGACACAUGUUUAGAUUACACUCGAGAACGAUCGCAUCAUUGUUAUCUAUGUCGAACUUGUAUACCUACGCAAGAUCAUCACUGUUUUUUUGUUGGUACAUGUAUUGGCAAACAUAAUCAGCUAAAUUUUCUUUUAAUGCUUUUUCAUCUCAUUUGUGCACAUUUAAUUGGCUAUGGAUUUGUUUGUAAUUAUUUGUGGAAUGAAUUGGGAGGAUUUCAUUUUGUAACUUUUUUAAAAAUUUUCCUUUUCAAUAUUGGCUAUGUAGUUGGUUUUGUUAAAACGAAAUGGGAAGCAUUUAUUUGUCUUCAUCAUUAUCUCGUUUAUUUUGAUAUAGGAUUUAUUAGUUCACUAUUUUAUCACAUGAUGAAACGAUCACUGAAUGGACAAACGUAUUAUGAAGAAAAAAAAAAGAUUUUAAGAAAAAAACAAAAUUUUUCUCAGAUAUUUGGCUCGAAUAAAUUAAUCUUGAUAUUUCCAUUUGUUCGCCCAUGA